GUUAUCAAAUUCAAAGUUUCAACUCAUGGAGACCACAACAACAACUCACAUAGCCAUAGUUUUAGUCCCGAUAUACAGCCAUAUCCGCUCAAUCCUCGAGUUCUGCAAGCGAUUGGCUCAUCUCCACCAAGACAUCCACAUCACCUGCAUCAACCCCACAUUUGAGUCUCCUUGCAGCUAUGUAGUCAAAGCCCUUUUUGAAAACCUCCCAUCAAACAUAGAAUGUAUGUUCCUUCCACCUGUGAAUUUGGAUGACAUGGCUCAAACCUCUGACCCUGCAAUCUUAAUUCAAGCCACAAUCAUUCGCUCUCUGCCUUCAAUUUACAAUGUCUUGAACACACUACAUUGUUCUUCUAACUCAAGAGGGCUUGCUUCCAUUGUUGUUGAUGGUUUAAUCACCCAAGUAUUGCCAAUGGCAAAUGAGCUUAAUGUUUUAUCAUAUGCUUAUUUCCCUUCCACAGCCAUGUUGCUAUCACUCUGCUUGUACCCUUCCACGUUCGACAAGACAUUUCCUUGUGAGACUAUAGAGAUACCCGGUUGCAUACCGAUUCAUAUCACCGAUCUCCCUAACCAGAUUCAAAACCGAUACAACGAAGAUUACAAGGUGUUUCUUGAAAGUAACAAAAGAUUCUAUUUAGCCGAUGGUGUGAUUAUCAAUAGUUUCUUUGAUCUUGAACCAGAGACCUUCAGAGCCUUGCAAGAAAAUCAGGGGACAAGUCCCCCAUCAGUUCCUCAUGUUUACCCAGUUGGACCCUUUAUAGUACAAAAAGAGUCUUAUGAUGAGAGUCAUGGAAAUGAAGAUGAAACUGAUGAAUACAUUAGAUGGUUGGAGAAGCAGGAACCAAAUUCUGUGUUGUAUAUUUCCUUUGGAAGUGCUGGAACACUCACUCAUGAUCAAAUCAAUGAGCUUGCAUUGGGAUUGGAAUUGAGUGGUGAGAAAUUCUUGUGGGUGAUAAGACCACCUCAUAAACUUGAAUUCAUUGGUGACUUUGGUGUUGGAGAUGAGGACCCUUUGAAGUGUUUACCAGAUGGGUUCUUGGAGAGAACAAAGGGGCAAGGCUUUCUUGUUCCUUAUUGGGCAAACCAGAUUGAAAUCCUUAGUACCGGCGUGAUCGGAGGGUUCUUGUGCCAUUGUGGUUGGAAUUCCACGCUUGAAAGUAUUGUCCAUGGCAUUCCAAUCAUAGCAUGGCCACUUUUCGCUGAGCAGAAGAUGAAUGCAGCUAUGUUAAGUGAUGGUUUGAAAGUUGCUCUUAGGCCUAAACGAAAUGAGAAGGGGAUUGUGGGAAGGGAAGUGGUAGCUGAGGUCAUAAAGAAUAUACUGGUAGGUGAAGAGGGUAAGGGGAUUCACCAAAGAAUGAAGAGGUUGCAAGAUGUUGCUAUUGAUGCACUGAAGGAAGAUGGAUCUUCAACAAGGACAAUGACACAAUUAGCACUCAAAUGGAAAAGGUUGGCGGUUGAAGGGGAAGGGAACUAA